AAGACAGAAAAAAAAAGAAAAGGAAUAAUCGAACACAAAAGAAGCCUCCAAGAAGAUCUUCAUUCGCGGCGUCCCCUUGCCUACGAUUAAUCCACGCAUCUGCGUCAACAAUCAAUUCAUUACUCCAUUCUUCUCGAAGAAGAUCCAGACUGUUCUUCAGUCAGAAUAUAAAGUUGAAGCUAGCGAUGUUUGGUGUUCUCCGGAGAAAAGUCAUUAGCGGAAGCUCUUCUGCUUCGAUCAUAGGAAAAUCAUGGCGAACAACUCGUCCCCUAGCAUCUACAACUGUAACUUGUUUCACCCCAGAAGGAGAGGUAUUACUCCAUCCGGGAAUUAUUGGGAACAUUAGAAGUAUAUGUCAUGUUUCUCAACCUGGUGGUGCAUUGAAUUUAAGGCCAUUGAGGGAAGUUAUGACCAGUCUUCAGCCAUGUGUCAGCAUGCAAAUGCAUAGCAGAAUGUUCUCCUCUGACAGUGGUGAUCUGGUUGAUGCUGUUGUCCCUUUUAUGGGUGAAUCUAUAAGUGACGGUACACUGGCAGCUUUCCUGAAGAAACCUGGUGACAGAGUAGAAGUUGAUGAACCAAUUGCGCAAGUUGAAACAGACAAGGUGACUAUAGAUGUUGCUAGUCCUGAAGCGGGUAUAAUUCAAGAGUUUGUAGCAAAGGAAGGGGACACUGUUGAACCAGGUACAAAAGUUGCUAUCAUCUCAAAGUCUGCAGAAGGUGCAGCUGCUCCAUCCAAGAAGGCAUCUGAAGACACUGUUUCUCAGCCACCACCACCUCCUGCUGCUGAGAAGAUGGAGGAGAAGCCAAAGGCAAAAGUUGAAGCUACCCCUGCCAUUGAAAAGCCCAAGCCAGCUUCUCCACCGCCUUCUAGAACCUCUGCAUCAGAACCCCAGCUUCCUCCUAAAGAAAGAGAAAGACGUGUUCCUAUGACCCGGCUAAGAAAGCGAGUUGCUACACGUCUGAAGGAUUCUCAAAACACAUUUGCUUUGUUGACGACAUUCAAUGAAGUUGACAUGACUAAUUUGAUGAAACUCCGUUCCGAGUACAAGGACGCCUUCUUCGAGAAGCAUGGAGUCAAGUUAGGACUGAUGUCUGGAUUUGUUAAGGCUGCUGUCAGUGGACUCCAAAAUCAGCCGAUCAUCAAUGCAGUUAUUGAUGGGGAUGACAUCAUAUAUAGAGAUUAUAUUGAUAUCAGCAUAGCUGUCGGUACUCCAAAGGGACUCGUUGUGCCAGUGAUUCGCAAUGCUGAAAAGAUGAACUUUGCUGAGAUAGAGAAAGAAAUAAACAGUCUUGCUAAGAAGGCAAAUAAUGGAACCAUAUCCAUUGAUGAGAUGGCAGGAGGCUCAUUUACUAUCUCAAAUGGUGGUGUUUAUGGAAGCCUUUUGAGUACUCCAAUCAUUAAUCCUCCUCAGUCUGCAAUUUUGGGCAUGCAUUCAAUCGUGAGCCGACCAAUGGUGGUCGGAGGUAACAUAAUCCCAAGACCUAUGAUGUACAUCGCCCUAACCUAUGACCAUAGGCUGAUCGACGGAAGAGAGGCAGUGUUUUUCCUCCGCCGAAUUAAAGACGUGGUUGAGGAUCCAAGGAGGUUGCUUCUUGACAUCUAAAAGGGUCGAUAACCCGAUUUUGCUUGAUUUCUGGUAUACUUGAAGCAAGCUUAACCAGAAUAAUCGUCUUUGAUGCUAAAAAGUUUUGUACGCUUUUGUCGUUUUGUUGCGGCCAAGACAUGUUUGGAUUCGAUACGAAUGUUAAGUGAUAGCAUAACAAAUGUUUCAAUACUGCUCAAACCAUGCAUAUGUUGCCCUGUUGGUUUGUGCUUCUUGUGGAACUCCUAAACCAUACUUGAAUAACUUUGGAUGAACAACAUUUUUGGUGAUGUUUCUUGGAUUCAUUAUGUUAAAUCUAUGUUGGUAUUUGCAA